AUGGGCUGGUUUUGGGCAGACACCGCACCCGCCGCACCUGCUGCACGUGUUGCGCCGCACGCCAUGCCUCGAGGCAGCAUGAGCAGCAUGGAACCUCCACCAGAAUGCCCGAUGCACAAGAAACCCGUCCCGCCCGUCGUCGCCGAAAAGAAGACACCCGCUGGCGCCUGUCCCUACGUUCCCCCCGAAAACGGCUCCUCCCCACCCCCAAAGCAAGGCCUCCUCUCGCGCCUCAACCCCCUCAACAACAUGUUCUCUGAACUCUCCAACGAGCGCGCCUCCACCCAAUCCGUCAACCUCCCCCUUGACCGCGAGACUUCCACGAUCCCCAAAGGCGACGGCACGCUCUGGGAGUACCCCUCCCCCCAGCAAAUGUACAACGCCAUGCUGCGCAAAGGCUACACAGACACCGACAUCACCGCCGUAGAAAGCAUGGUCGGCGUGCACAACUUCCUCAACGAGGGCGCGUGGGCGGAGAUCAUGGGCUGGGAGCGGCGGUUCAGCCGUGGGUUGAAGGAAGGAUACGAGAUAUGCAAGCAAGGCGAGGAAGUCGCGAAUUUCAAACUGGGUACCCAUGAGGAUCCGUUUGAUACGACGACGUGGGAUCACAGGGAUGUUCAGCCCCCGAAACUACUCAGGUUUACGGGUCGCCCCACGGAACCUACGCCCAAAGCAACGAUUAUGCAGUGGCUGGGCUACGUUAUGCCAGAGAAAUUCGGCACGGCGCCGCCGUUUGAUCGCCAUGAUUGGUUUGUGGAAAGAUGUAAUGAGAAGGGGUGUAAAGAGAUUCGUUAUGUUAUUGAUUACUAUGAGGGUGCGCCGGAGGCAUCAGAUGCGUCGGGCGAGGGCGAGGCAGACGAACAACCGGUUUUCUUCUUGGAUGUUAGGCCCGCGGUUGAUGGGCCGGUUAGUGCGGCUGAGCGGUUGAUAAGGACUGGUACGGAUGUUUGGUGGAGGGCUAGUGGGGGUGUGGCGAGGGAGUUGAAGAAGUUGGAGGCGGAGAAGAAGAGGAGGGAGGAGGAGUGGGCUAGUAAGAGUAGGAGGUAUAAUUAG